CGUUGCUAUGCGACGAGACGGCGGUGUCAUAAACAGAGGCAACAAAAUGGACAAGUACGAGAAAAUCAAAGUGGUUGGACGGGGAGCAUUUGGCAUUGUUCAUUUGUGCUUGCGAAAGGCAGACCAGAAGUUGGUGAUUAUAAAGCAGAUCCCUGUAGAGCAGAUGACCAAAGAUGAACGGUUAGCUGCCCAGAAUGAGUGUCAAGUGCUGAAGCUGCUAAAUCAUCCAAAUAUUAUUGAGUACUAUGAGAACUUCCUAGAGGAUAAAGCCCUCAUGAUUGCCAUGGAAUAUGCACCAGGAGGUACACUGGCAGAGUACAUUCAGAAGCGCUGCAACUCCUUGCUUGAUGAAGAGACAAUUUUGCACUUUUUCACACAGAUUCUUUUGGCUCUUCACCACGUCCACAACAAACAGAUACUGCAUCGUGACCUGAAAACGCAAAACAUCCUUCUCAACAAGCAUCAAAUGAUUGUUAAGAUUGGUGAUUUUGGCAUCUCGAAGAUCCUUAGCAGCAAGAGCAAGGCAUAUACAGUUGUUGGAACACCAUGCUAUAUCUCUCCUGAGUUAUGUGAGGGCAAGCCGUAUAAUCAGAAGAGUGACAUAUGGGCACUUGGCUGUGUGCUGUAUGAGCUCACCAGUCUCAAACGGGCAUUUGAAGCUGCUAAUCUCCCCGCUCUUGUACUGAAGAUUAUGAGUGGCACAUUUGCUCCUAUUUCUGACCGUUACAGUCCAGAGCUGCGUCAGCUCAUACUGAGCAUGCUCAAUCUGGAUCCUUCAAAGCGCCCACAGCUGAGUGAGAUUAUGGCCCAGCCCAUCUGCAUCCGGUCCCUAUUGAACCUGUACACUGACAUUGGCAGUGUCAAAAUGAGAAGAGUAGAGAAGCCAUUGGCUACUGCAGCUUCUGUUCUUCAUGGCAGAGUUGGAGGUAGAGUUACCAGUGCAAGGAGUAGAGGUAGCUUACAGGGGCCUGGCUUGGGCAAGGGUGGCAGCCCUCCACCUCUCUCAUCUGUGUACACAUGGGGCAGUGGGAUUGCCUCCCCACUGCGACUGCCCAUGCUGAACACUGAAGUAGUACAGGUGUCAGCAGGUCGAACUCAGAAAGCUGGUGUCACCAAGUCUGGACGGCUCAUCAUGUGGGAGGCCCCACCAGUUGGCACUGGAGACCUGUCUCUUCCAGGUUCAGUGGAGCAGGCACAGCCUCAGUUUGUAUCCCGGUUCCUGGAAGGCCAGUCUGGUGUAACCAUCAAGCAUGUUUCCUGUGGUGAUUUCUUUACUGCAUGCCUUACAGACAGGGGAUUAAUAAUGACUUUUGGUAGUGGCAGCAAUGGCUGUUUGGGACAUGGAAACUUUAAUGAUGUCACUCAGCCUAAAAUUGUUGAAGCGCUGCUAGGUUAUGAGAUACUCCAGGUAUCCUGUGGUGCAUCACAUGUUCUGGCUGUGACCAAUGAGCAUGAAGUGUUUGCUUGGGGCCGAGGAGAUAAUGGUCGUCUUGGACUAGGAACUCAAGACUCCCACAAUGUUCCUCAGCAGGUAACAAUAACGUCUGAGGAUGAGGCACAGAAAGUUGUAUGUGGUAUCGAUUGUUCCAUGAUUGUAACAACAACCAGUCGGAUUCUGGCAUGUGGGAGCAAUAGGUUUAAUAAGCUGGGCUUGGAUAUAGUUUUGAUGGGUGAAGAACCUACUUUGAAAAAUCAGGUAGAAGAGGCCUAUACUUUCACUCCUGUACAGUCAGAACCUUUAACUCAGCAAGGAAUCACUUAUGUUGAUAUUGGAACAGCCCAUUCUGCUGUAGUCUUUGAAUCUGGGCAGUGUUACACCUUUGGCAGCAACCAGCAUGGUCAACUUGGCACAAAUACUCGUCGUAACAGCCGUGUGCCUUAUGAGGUAUCAAGACUGAGUGGAGUAAAGAUAACAAUGGUAGCUUGUGGCGAUGCUUUUACAGUGGCCAUUGGAGCAGAAGAUGAAGUAUACACGUGGGGCAAAGGAGCUCGGGGGAGACUAGGAAGAAAAGAAGAGGACACUGGAAUACCCAAAGCAGUGCAGCUUGAGGAAAACCACCCCUUUGCUGUAACAUCAGUGGCAUGUUGCCAUGGGAACACACUUUUGGCAGUAAAACCAUUACUUGAGGAAUCAGCUCUGAGGUGAUGAAAUGUCAAAUUCAGCAUGGACCAAAACACCUAUAAUCAACAAUGCAAAUUUAACAGGAAGAUUGCCAGAGGGAACGGAAGUCUGCAAAGCUGCGCCAAGAUCAUUUUUCACAAGCAAAGGAUCUUUUUCUUUGGUUUACUGCAACUGACAAAGUGACGAAACAUGCUGGAGAUUUGCAGUGAGCAAUAAAGGACACAUUUCAAGUCAGUAUUUAUGAUUCAAAACUAGUUUCUUUAAGGGGCUUCAUGUACUAGACCACUGCUGUCAAACAGGGACCAGAUGAAAAAGUAGUCCUUGUAAAAGGUGGAAGCUUUUCAGUGCAGCUCUGUCUUCUACUCCAUGGCAAUUACAUGCACCUUAACAUCCGGAAGCAAAGAACACUGUACACCUUGUCAGCUGUCAGUAGUGGGAACUUCUGAUAUCUGCACCUUAUUUUAUUUGUUAUGCUUAGUCUGUCAGCAAUUUGAUUGAUAGUAUCUUGUCUAUUAGCACUGUUUGCAUAACUAAAUGUAUAUAUGUUUUCUAUUAUUUCCCCAAUUCUGCUCCUACCUUAUUCAAUUAUUUUUGUCAAUAUUCUGCUGAGGACAGAAAUCCAGUUAAAAGCAGUCAUUUUGGCCGACGUUGAAUACUGUUAACAUCCAAAACUGUCUUUUUUUACCCUUCCCAGUGUUUGGAUCCCAUCUUCCAUGUACAUGGUAUCUUCACUUAUACAAAGGAAAGACAUUAACGGGCUGAAAUAUGCCUGUCAUAAAAAAGCUUGUAUUAGAGCAGAAUGCUGAUUGGAGACUUGUUUGGAGAACUUGGUUUAGUUUUUCAUUUGUCAUAAAGUUUUUAUGUUCUUUUUAUUGAUACAGUAUCUGGUACCAAAAACACAGUCUCUUCAUUUAUAAAACAGCAUUAAUGUUGUAUACUUGCUUCUUAUCAGUAUUAUUAUAUUGAUGUAGUUAUUGAUAAAGUAGACCUAAAACAGGAUCAUGGUGACUGUAAUGAUGUGUGCUUGUCUUGAGAGACUGCUUUUACACUAAGAUAAUAUCAGACUGUAGUCAAAAAAGCUAAGAACUGCGGCUUUACUUAUGUCUUUUGACAGACAGAUUCAGGAAAUAAAUGAUAAAGGGUAUAAGGUCC